CUGUUUUCUAAAGGGAUUAUACCUAUUUUUAGGACCAGUGACGCUUUACCGCCUGAGGUUGCAAUUGUCGAACCAAUCCUUCGUGUACUGCAACUCCUAUGCGAGAAUCACAAUAAUCUUCUGCAGAACUUUAUCCGGAAACAAUCCGAUCGAACCAAUCACAACCUGGUUUCCGACACUCUCAGUUUCCUGGAUACUGUAAGAAACUACUACUGCGUGCUGUAUGCGGUUCAACGAAGGGUAGUUUGGGUGUGUUUGGAGAAAUUGGUGAGCAUAACUUCAGCCUCAUCACACCAAACACUUGCCACUCUCACCGAGUUCUGUCAGGGACCAUGUCAUGAAAAUCAGGUCAGCAUGUUUCUAGGACCAGUGACGCUUUACCGCCUGAGGUUGCAAUUGUCGAACCAAUCCUUCGUGUACUGCAACUCCUAUGCGAGAAUCACAAUAAUCUUCUGCAGAACUUUAUCCGGAAACAAUCCGAUCGAACCAAUCACAAUCCUGGUUUCCGACACUCUCAGUUUCCUGGAUACUGUAUGCGGUUCAACGAAGGGUAGUUUGGGUGUGUUUGGAGAAAUUGGUGAGCAUAACUUCAGCCUCAUCACCCAAACAACCAUUGGCCACUCUCAAUCACACAACACCGAGAAUACAAUGGCAAUGCAGGAGAACGGUCUGAACAUCAUUAUCUCGUUGGUGUUGAACGACAUCAAACCAUUAGCAGACGAUCACAUGGAGCUGGCAUUGGAGAUUAAGAGUCAAGCGUCGAAACUUCUGUUGGCGAUUAUGGAAUCGCGACAUGAUAGUGAGAAUGCAGAACGUGUUCUUCAAAACAUGGACAAUACAGACGGAGGGCCACGACAACUGAUGCGACGUGAGCUGCUACAGCGGGCAAGUCUCCAAGACGGACCGACCAGCGUCGUCAGUCCGUUGAUACAAGCUGAUGGAGUGACACUACCGGAAAUUUCCGUCGAUUCCUCCGGAACCGUGUCCAUACAUGACGACACCAAAAUAGAUUUGAAAUAUGUGGCUGGUGAUGCUUCGACAGUUGAUCCUAAAGAGGUCGGCCACAACAUCUACAUUCUCGCUCAUCAGCUGUCCAGACAUAGCCCAGAAUUAGCUCAAUGUCUCGAUCCAGACGACGACACGAAAUCCCCGCAGACAAAGAAUGCGCUCGAGUUCUACAAGAAGCAUACCGCUCAGAUCGAGAUUGUUCGCCAAGAUCGGACAUUGGAACGAGUCGUAUUUCCAAUACAUGAGAUUUGCUCGUUUCUCACAAAGGAAACGAAACAAAAUGUCUACAAUAACACGGAGCGGGAUAAUCAG